CAGUCUCUCAGUUAUUCUAGUCCGUGACAAGCACAUGCUAUGUUAAAAAAUUUCUAGAUUUGCAUUCGAAAUUAAUUCAAAUAUAUUGAAGAAAUCAUAAUUUGAAAUUUCUGUUUAGUUACCAUGGAAACACUUUAAAAAUAUGUGUUUCUCCACAAAUGUAUUUCUAUCUCUUGAAAAAUGACAAUUUGAAAAAAAAAUAUUUUACAUUAGAUAACCUAAAUUGUUGCCAAAUACAUGUACUCACAAUUUAUAUGUUCUUGAAUACCGGUAAGCAUUUAAUUGCCAUUUUUACAUCUUUACCCUCUGUCAACAUGGAAACAGGGCCACAUAGCAACAAAUUAAUGGUGUUGAACUUUUUUACUCAUCAAAGUCUAUCAAACUGUAAAGUAUUAAAAAAUCUGUGACUAUGCGUAAUCACCAAAUUUUGAUUCUUUACAUAGAAUUGAUCUUAAAAUUUAGACAUUUUUUAGUUAUUUACACGUAUAGCAUGAAUAAGAAAACAAAAUGACAAGCAUUCAUUGUUUACAUAUCAAAUUUGACAGACAUCAGGGACUGCAGCACAUGUCGGAGUCUGUGUUUGUGGGACUGUGUGAGAUAGUGGGGACCACACAACAGGUGGCUAUCAGGAGGGAGACAUCGGACAUCAAGGAGAUGGUGGAGAACGGACUGAUAACAAAUAAUGUGAUCGUUAAGAUGUUGAGUGGAAGUACAAGAGAAGGGUUCAGACUGGAGGGAUCAGAUAUUGACACAAUGUACUGGCCAAACGACCACCGAGUGAUCAUGGACAGGUCUCAGUCUGAGUAUUACAACACAGCCAAUACAACCUUGAUUCUCUCUGACAGCUCUGAGAGUCCACCAGGAUUCACCUUACUUCAGAAACUGACACCAUUAACACUUAUGUUUGGUAUGUCUGUCCAAGCAGCAUGUGUCAGAAUGAAUAACAGAGUCUAUAUAUCUAGUUCUAUAUGGAGACAGUUAUCUCGUUCAGCAGUAAUUCCUAAUUCUACUGUACAUGGACCCUGUGGAACUGCCAAAGUAGCAGGAGAAGAACAUGACAGUGCCUACUGUUUCGUUAGUGACUUUUGGCCUCAAUCUGCCUCCUCAUGGAUAGACAGAUGUCACUUAUGGCCUGAUCCUGAAGUUGUUGAUGACAUUGUCAGAAAUGGAUGUCACUUUGUAGCAAUAGGACACCCAUUAGGACCACAUGAAAAUGAAGAAUGGAGAAUUUCUUUUUCUCGGGCAGAAUAUAAACUAGUGUACUCAAUGAACCACUGUCAGCUUUUGAUAUAUGGGUUGUUAAAAAUUUUCUUAAAAGAAGUUUUAAAUCAACAAUCAGAAGAAACCAAUAAACUGUUGUGUUCCUAUCACAUGAAGACAACAGUUUUCUGGGCGAUUCAAAAAAAUACACUGCCUCACUGGUGUCCACAAAACCUCCUGGCCGGUUUCUGGGUCUGCUUCAAACUCCUCCUUAGAUGGGUUUAUGAGGGGAUAUGUCCCAACUUUUUCAUCCCACAAAACAACAUGUUUCUGACAAAGGUCCAUGGCUCAGCACAAAACAGAUUGUUCCUACAGUUACAUGAAUUGUACAACAAAGGUCUGGCCUGUCUGUUACAGAGUUCCUCUAUCAGGUCCUACAUCAUUGAUGUCCUGUACAAUCCCAGACUUUCUAUUUGUACAGAUGAGAGUAUGAUUAGGUCUGAAACUGAUAAUUAUAUAGAACUUGUCAUAAGGUCCCCUGUUCAGUUUACCAAAGAUGUAUCUCAAGGAGACAUGUGUACCAAAGCCAUCCAUACAAUAGAACAGUUGGUACAUACACCCUUGUCACAAUAUAAAGUUGUUACAUUACAGAUGUACACAUCUUUUUUUUUACAGUGUUCUGCUUUUGCAUUACAAAAUAUGUACACUAAUACAGGUGUCAACAAACAGAUGUAUAUUGCAGACAAACUGUCCAACUCUAUGCUGAUAUUAGCAGCCAAGUUUGGGUUUCAAUCUGACAUGUUGUUCAUUGCCAUGUAUUAUUACAAGACACUCAGAUACAGGGAAGCUUUAUCUGUUAUAGAGAUGAUAAAGUUCAAGUUAGCACGGCCAGAUCUGAUGUACCAUCAAAUUGUACACAGAGCGAUCUCGAGGUAUACUGAGCCUGUAGAGAGACAGGUUUGGGGUAUGUUCAGACAGGCUGCACCAAGAAAUAUGAUACUUUACAACACAAUCAGUUAUAUCAGUGAACUUCUACCAGAACAAAAGUCUUCUAAAGGGAACAGACGUCUAACAUCAGAAAUCCCAUUCCUUGUUAUGUUACACUUUCUAGAGUUCUUGUGUUACAGACACAUUGGUACAACAUUAUCACAAGCAGCUCUAGAUGAGCUACGGGCCCUAGUCCACCAUGAUCUGGGAAUGGAUAUACAUAAUCUACAAAGAGACAUUUCCUGGGAGAUACUGGGGAUCUGUCAACAGAUCACAGGGAACCUCCAGGCUGCUCUGUACUCAUACCAACAGUCACUCAGACAAUAUCCAUUCCAUAAAAUACGAACUGCUACACAGAGGAGAAUACAGGACAUAGUUCAGUCAACACAACACCAGUAUACAGAGGAUCUGCCUUUAGAUUGAAAAAAAUUAAUAUGAAGAGAUUAAAACAAUACUGUAAACUAUUAUAUUAAGCGUGUACAAAAUUUGGUGGAAAUUAGUUUUUGAAGAAGUUGGAUUUGAAUUAGCGUAUUCCUGAAUGUGACUAUUCUUAUACAUAUAUAUAUGCAUGGCAUUUAGCAAUGUACUUGAUUUAGCGUAAGCCACAUUCCACCAAAAGCACUAAUUAGAAUACACGUCCCCCAUAAUUAUAGUUCUUGAAUCACUCAUCACAUCAAAAUAUCAUCACUACAUACUCUUUCCAUAUUUUAGAUGUGUAUCACCUUAAAAAAGUGAAAUUUUCACACUACCUCUGGCAAAAUCAUUUUAACAACGAAUUUGUGCUCUAAAAAUUAUUAAAAUGAUAGUUUUUUAAGAUUUGUCACUUUGCAAGUUCAUUUAAACUUUUUUCAUAAGACCUUUGAAAUAAAAUGAAAUAAUUGUAAUGAUAUUUUGUCUUACAGUAUGAUGGUAACUUUGUAGGUUUUAUAGAUUUAAACGUAAAUAUAUAGGAUGUUUUCAUAUACAGUAAGACCUUAUGCGCGUGUGUAGUCUUCUGUUUAUUGACUUUGUGUGGCCCCGCCCCCAUAUAUUGGAGGCUUGUUGAUAAAUCAUAACUUGAAUUAAAUGAAAAAUUGCGUAUUGUAAAUUAUUUGUAUAUCUUUGUGUGUCAAUUUGUAAUAUGAGUUAUUUUGUUCAUAUAGUAGCCAAUGCCAAUAAAUUUAAUACUUAAUUGAAAUAAAGAACUUGAACAAUAAAAAGCAAUAUUAUUUAUUACAACAGUAAUAUACCAUGUUAUUUUGAACACUUUUUUUUACAGAGUUCAUGGUAAUUUUAUUGUACAAGUUAAUAAUACAGUACAUGGAGGAGAUAUAGUGAAUUUUCCUACAGUUGUAAUGAAGAAUAUAAUACAUUGUAUGCAAAACAAGAUAUCUGUGAGCCAAUGCUCACUAGUGAUACCCCUGCUCUGAUGUGAAUAUGCAAAACAAGCAAAGUCGACAUUUAACAGAAAGCUGGCAUCCGAUUGGUACAGAAAUAUAUCCCACAAUAUGGCAUACCUAAAAAAAUAUCCCACGAUAUGACAUGCCUAUACAAAUAAUGUGUAAAAAUUUCAAGCAUCUGUGGUAAAUAGUUGCUGAGAAAUCUUUGACGGAAAUUUGUUUGAAAAUUUUGGUUAAAAAAUAAGCAAAGUCGUCAUUUAACAGGAGGUUGACGUCUGAUUGGUACAAAAAUAUAUCCCACAAUAUGGCAUGCCUUAACAAACACUGUGUAAAAAUUUUAAACAUCUGCUAUAAAUAGUUGCUGAGAUAAAUGUGAAAGAAAUUUUUGUUACAGACGGACAGCAAACACACAAGGGUAAAACAGUAUACCCCUUCGGAGCCGGGGGUAUAAUAAGCAGUCAACUUUAAACAUGAAGUUGAUAUCAAAGGACUACUGUGGAAUCAUUUAAAUUCGUGGGGGCCAAUUUUCGUGGAUUAUUAAUUUCUUUGCUAGUUCGUGGGGAUGUAAUUUGGUGGAUGCGUCGGUUUCUGUUUCAGCAACAAAGAUAACUCUUUCUAAAAUUGUUUUCGUUGAGGAUUUAAAUUCGUGGGGAAGGGCUACCCACGAAUACCACGAAAAUUGAGCCACCACGAAUUCUAAUGAUUCCACAGUAUUAGUGUUGUAAAAUCGGACCAAUUUUACUAACGAUAAUCAAAUUGAAUCGGCAGCUCACAAUCGAUUAAAAAAUCGAUUAUGUAAACUUUCAAAUUUUAAGAAAGAUCAAAUUUUUUCAUCCUGUCAAUGAGUGAAAGAUACCAGCAUCAAACAAAGAAAACACCUUUUUUUUUUUUUAAUUCAUAAUUUUUAUGAACUUAUCUUCAAAUGUAUUUAAAAAUAUUAUACUUAGGGACCAACCUAGGGCAAA